AUGAAGAUUGGCACUCACAGUGGCAACUUCCAUUGCGACGAGGCUCUGGCCAUUUCCAUUUUGAAGCUGUUGCCUGAGUGCAAAGAUGCGACCGUCGUGCGCACGCGUGACCCGGACGUGUUGAGCACGUGCAGCGUCGUCGUCGACGUCGGAGGCGUCUACGACCCGAGCAAGGGGAGAUUUGACCACCACCAGGGGUCAUUUGACGAAUACUUCGACGAGAACCACCGGGUGACCCGACUGAGUUCUGCUGGCCUCGUGUACAAGCACUUCGCCAAGCGCGUGUUCAAAGAGGUGUACGGUGUCACCGACGAGGCGAACCUGAACGACAUUUACCUGCACGUAUACGACAACCUGAUCCAGUCCAUUGACGCAGUCGAUACCGGCGUGCCGAUCGCCGAUGGUAACCUGAGGUAUGAGGUCAACACCAGCCUGCCUUCGCGGGUGGGUCGGCUGAACCCCUCGUGGGUCGAGACGCACGUCGACGUCAACAAGCGUUUUGAGCAGGCCAUGCAAAUUACGCUCGAGGAGUUCGAUUACUUCGUCAGAAAUUUCAUUGACGUGCACUUGACCGCCAAGACAGUGUUUUUGCAGGUCUACCAGAAGCGGUUCGAGACCCACCCCUCGGGGCUGGUGAUCGAGACUCCGCGGGGCAUGCCUUUCUUCGGCAGGCUGUACCAUUUGGAAGAGAAGGAGAACAUCCCCACCGACCAGCGUGUGGCGUUCUACGUCAAUUACGAGGCUGCAACGGGGCAGUGGAGGUGCAGCUGUGUCAGUGAACGCGGCCAGCAGUUCACCUGCAGGAGGCCCUUCCCCGAGCGUCUCGCCGGUCUCACCAACGCGGAGUUGGAGAAUGCUUCUGGCAUCAAGGGACUCACGUUCAUUCACCGCGGCAGGUUCACCUGUGGUGGCCUGACCAAGGAGGCCGUGCUCAGCCUCAUCACGCUCACUCUCCAAGAGAAGAACUAA